UUUUAAUGAACGGAGACCAACAACGAUCACGCUAUGUGCCGCCUCAUUUGCGCGGCCAAAACGACGGCGGCAGUGACCGCGGCAGCGACCGAGGCAGCGACCGAGGAGGGUACUCGGUAGACCGACGCGGCAGCAGCGGCUAUGGUGGACGCGACGCCGGACGCCGCGAACCGCCCGUGAGCAAUUCUCGCUGGUCGGGCUUUGAAUCGAGCCGCGACGAAGGAGGCUAUUCUCGAGGUGGCGGCUACGGCGGUGAUCGCGGUGGCUAUGGUGGUGAUCGUGGUGGCUACGGUGGUGACCGUGGUGGCUAUGGUGGCGGCUACGGCAGCAGUCGUGGUGGUGGCGGUUACGGCGGCCCCCGCAAGAACCGUCUUGGCUUCCACGGCGACAUGACGCCCAACUCUCGCUUGGAACAAGAAUUGUUUGGCGACUGCCAGUCAUCCGGGAUCAACUUUGACAACUACGACGACAUUCCCGUCGAAACGAGCGGGGAUGGCGUGCCGCCCCCGAUCACCUCGUUCAAUGAAGAAGAACUCGGCCCGGAAGUGUGCAGCAACCUCAAGCUUUGCAUGUACACCAAGCCGACGCCGGUUCAAAAGUACUCGAUCCCGAUCGGGUUGGCCGGUCGCGACAUGAUGGCGUGUGCCCAGACGGGUUCUGGGAAGACGGGUGGCUUCCUCUUUCCCACCUUGGCGUCCAUGCUUCGAAACGGCCCUGCUCGUGGCCUCGACGACGACAGCGCGGGCGGCCGCCGCCGUAAAUUUUUCCCGUCCGCCUUGAUUCUCGCACCGACGCGUGAACUCGCGUCGCAGAUCUACGACGAAGCCAAAAAGUUUUGCUACUGCACGGGCAUUGCCCCCGUGGUCGUGUACGGUGGCGCGGAAGUCGGCCAGCAGUUGCGCAACUUGGAACGUGGCGUCGAUCUCCUUGUCGCGACGCCCGGGCGACUGGUGGACUUGAUCGAGCGCGGCCGCGUGUCGCUCGCCGGAAUCCAAUUUUUGAUCUUGGACGAAGCCGAUCGCAUGUUGGAUAUGGGGUUCGAGCCUCAAAUCCGCCGCAUCGUCGAGCAAGAAGACAUGACCCGCGAGCGCCAAACGUUUAUGUUUUCAGCGACGUUCCCCCGCGAAAUCCAGCGUCUGGCGUCGGACUUUUUGCGCGACUACAUUUUCUUGACGGUCGGGCGCGUCGGCGCCGCUUCCAAGGACGUCAAGCAGACUGUGGUGUGGGUGGACCAACAGGACAAACAAGACUACCUCGUCCGCUUCCUGAACGAAGUGCAGGACGGACUGAUCUUGAUCUUUGUCGAAACCAAGCGCAAUGCCGACUUUCUCGAAGACAUGCUGUGCCACGAAGGCUUUCCUGCCACGUCGAUCCAUGGCGACCGCACCCAGCGCGAGCGUGAAGCGGCGCUUGCGUCGUUCCGCUCGGGGCGCACCCCCGUCCUCGUUGCAACCGACGUGGCGGCGCGCGGGCUCGACAUCAGUGGCGUGACCCAAGUGAUCAACUACGACCUUCCCAAUAACAUCGACGACUACGUCCAUCGCAUUGGGCGUACCGGUCGCGUCGGGAAUGUCGGGAACGCCCUCUCGAUGGUGAACGACAAGAACUCGAACAUUGUGCGGGAAUUGCACGAACUCUUGGUCGAAAACGGCCAAGAGUGCCCGUCGUGGCUUGGCCAAAUGUCGUCGUAUGGCGGUUCACGCGGCGGCCGCGGUCGUGGCGGUGGACGUGGGGGCUCGUCUCGCUUUGGCGCGCGCGAUUACCGAAAAGAAGGCGGUGGUGGCGCAGCCCGAGGCGGGUACGAUAGCCGUGGCGGGUACGAAAGCCGUGGAGGUUACGAAAGCCGUGGCGGGUACGAAAACCGAGGCUACGAAAGCCGCGGUGGUGGCUACGGCGACCGAUCCGGCGGCGGCGCCGACAACAGUUCGUGGUAGAGAUGCCACAUGCAGCAGCAGCAGCGCGACCAACGCGCUGACUGACCGAGAAGAGCUGGAGAUAUCAUAGAUGAUAGGUGGGAGGCGAGUGUAUUAUUAUUAGGUAGAGCUAGCUCUGGAUCCAAUUUCAUAUAACGAUAUAUGUGGACUAUCCAAGCAUGGCGGAAGGCAACGUGGGGCCGGACCGUCGAUGUCUGGGGUCCCCUGCCGUG